AAAAGACCAUUCAAUUGGGUUUUCCAAAUUUCUUUAAGCCACGAUUAUAAUAUGACAUAGUAGUAUGCAGGUCAUCUUUAUAAAAAAUCAGAUAAAUUGAUCGUAAUUUUGAGUGACUGUCACAAAUUUUGAAAAUAGUACAGGAAAUAAAUAUUUGUUAAAAGCAGUGAAAUAUAAAAUAAGGGAUGGACAUGUAUGAGAUUACAAGAUGGAAGGUUUGCCGGCAGAAAUGAUGCAAGAUGGGUACAGUGUAAUGGGCAUUAAAGCAGCUGGGCAUCAACAUGGCAUAUCAAUCAUGGUUUUUUAUCACGGCAGUAAUCUACAUGUAUUUGCAACACGGCCACGCGGAUGACAUUAAUGAUGAUCUCACGUGUGUUAUAAAGUAUGAUAAUUGGGUAUCGCCAGCAAGUGUAACAGUUAAUUGGACCAUACCACCUCUAACAGUAGACCCGGAAGAUUUAAAAAUAAACAUAACAUGGUACACCCUGCAAAAUACUGGUCCAUGUCCAGAAAUUAGGUUGACUUCAUGCACCUGGUAUUAUGGAUAUGCCAUGAACUUUUAUUUCAAUUUCAACGUGAGUGUCAUUAUAACCACAAAAACAGCCCAAGAAAGGAUAUUUAACAAGGAUUGGGACGUGGAUCCAGAUGCUUGCAGAAAACCUCCUGGUAUUGAUCACAUGGUGACAGAAUCAAUUAACAGCACAUGCGUGAAUGUUAGUUGGUGGUAUAACAAGACAUCAAAAUGUUCAUCUUUUGACGGCAAGUUUUAUCAAAUUUCUUAUGGAAGGAAAAUUCAGACAGAAUUUAAGACACAUGAUCCAGAAAACUCUACUCUAGUUACAGUGUGCAAUACCAGUCGAAUCAUUUGUAACCUUCAACCAUUUACCAUGUACGUAUUCGAUAUACAGGCCAAGUUCGGGGACUGGAAAGGCCAGAUAAGCGGGCAUUUCAGCGACAGCAAACUGACAACACUUACAACACUUGAAGAUGUUCCUGCUGGUGCACCAGAUAUGGCACGUGGAGGUUUCAGUGUGAUUGAAAAUAAAUGUACAAACGAAAACAUUAGAACAAUACGGAUUUAUUGGAAGGAUGUGCCUAGUCACCUGAAACAUGGAAUUAUUACACAUUUCUUAAUGGACAUAAGGGAACUACCUGAAUCAGGAAAGCCUGUUACCAAAUCAAUUCAUGGACAAAGUUAUAAUUAUCUUGUUACACUCAAAUGCAACACAAAAUACGAGAUAAGACUCCAGGCGGAAACCUCUGUCGGUAUUUCAUCUGUAUAUUCAUCUCUUUCCAUCCCUGAUACCACUCGAGAUUCUGAAAGAGCAAUAAAACAUGUCAUACCCGUCAUUGCAAAUGAAAGCUUCCACGUGUAUUGGCUGAAUGACAUUGAAGGUGACACCCAGUCGUCAGUGGAACACCGUGUGUUCUGGUGUUUGAAGAAUGUUGGCAAUCACUGUAUGUCUCCAAUCAACUGGACCAAGGUAUCAAACAACUCUUCUUUUGUCAGUGUCCCUGUGCAACAUUGGUCCCUGUCGCAUAACUAUCGGUUCGGUGUAGGAUAUGGGGAUACCGGAAUCACGUGGGAAAAUUGCCAUUACACACAGACUGAAGAUCUCCGACCUCCAGUAGGUUUAAGGCUCGAAUCUAACGCUGUGUCACCUGAUGGGUCAAUGUCAUUCUAUUGGGAUAAUUAUCCUUGUGAAAGUCAUCCGCCCAGCCCCUUUACCAACCAGUUUGUGAUAUCAUUUUGUACAGUUAAAGGCAAAAAUGACAAGACAUGCCUGGGUACACCUUCCAAAACAAUUGUUGAUGGCAGAAGAAAUGCAUAUGUUUUUACUGAUAUGGAUCCUGAUGAAGUGUACAUGAUAUGUCUACAAGCUGUAGGUAUAUCAAGCAAACAUUUUGGCAAUAGCUCUUGCACCACUGGUCAGCCAGCAGCACAGCGUAAGAAUUUAUUUUCCAAUUAUCAUUUUUGUUAGAAGGUCACGUACAGUUUAUUACGUGCUAUACCAUGAAGCAGGAAAACAGUUUGCAAUGAUGUAAUACAAAUUUACGUGGGGCACAGUAAAAGCCAAGUGCCUGUCUGAACAUCUUAGAUGCAAUAGUCUAUUCGUGUAUUUUGUAAUUUUGAGAUGAUUCAUUGUUCUAACAGGAUUAACAGGGGAUGUUACGAGCGUUGCACUUUUCAUUACCUCGCCGAAACAGACUAGAUGAAACCGAGGUUGUUUUUGUGCUACUUGAUUACUAUAUAUGCUUUUUAUGUAAAUAUGUUUUCUUUUUGUGUAAGAAGAAUAAGUUUAUAUAAUCAGAAAGGUAAUGAGUAUUUAAAAACUUCAUUUUUUUUCUUUUUUCUGUGAACCGGGAAAGGAUUAAAUCUAAUCUAGUCUAGCGUGUUUUUGUUUGAUUUUUACAGAUACGAUAUGGUCGAGUCCCCUUACCAUUGUGGUAUGUGUAAUUGCUGCUGCCGUUCUUCUCUCAUGUGCAGUAUAUGGUGCUGUAAAAUGCAAAAAAGAGUUAGUUAGGAAAUGCAAAAGAGAUUUUCAAAUCACUAUUCCGGAUGAUGGACCAGAAUUGAGUCGCCAAGAUGGUGACGUUCUUUUGCACGUAUACCAGGAGUUAGAUAACCAGCAUACCAGCAGCGCCAGUUUGCCAGACACUACACAAACACCUUUACUUGGUCGGAUAGACACUCUUUCCUCUCCACCGGCAAGGAAAGGGUCAAUUUAUUUUUAAUAUUCCUGCUCAAAUAUUGGACAAGACUUGUAUGUGUGUAAGUUACCCAAGAAAGCUAAACUAAAUGUUUCUUGUAACACCUGAAAAUACUCCUUUAUAGAAAUGAUGACUAUUGUCAUCUACACUGUUGUCCUAAUAACGAACAAUGAAUAUAGUGAACAUGCUUAAUUGAUUCUUGUCGCAUACAUCAUAUUUUUUUAAACUACGCAGUGGUUGCAAAUAUUGCUGUAGUGUCGCACACAACAAACAGAAAAACGGACGUUUAUCGUAAACGACGGCAACACAGCGUUCCUCGUAGCAAGCAUUUGUUGUGUCUAUGGAAGAGAAAACGUUUACAGUGUCUAGGAAUUGCAUCGUCGCCUUUGUCUACUUUAUUGUCUAUUGUAACUUAUUUUUUGUCAUUCAUUUUCAAAUUUUCAAAUAUGCUUUGUUUUCGCUUUUAUUCUAUCAUAGCAGCGUCUGCCGUCCAAAUUUAUAUUUCAUUUUUCUUUCUAUUUUUUCCGUUAUGUUUCACCUUAUUUGAUAUUAAUAUGGAAAUUUUUGCAUUACUUUUCUUUACAUUAUGUACCUAGAUUGGUGUAUUACACUAUUGAUUUUAUAUUGAAAUGUCUACACUUUGCUGGCAUUUUUAUCUAGUUUGACCUCAGGAAAUAAAGUCUUUGAAACACUGUCAUUAACACUAGUUGUCAUUAAAAAUUAACAUAUUUUCUUUUAUUAUUUUCA